CUUUCUUUAGAAAUGCAUUUGUAGCUCACUCUCUCUGUUGAUACAAAAUGGUUGAGAUACUGUCUGUCACAUUUGAACGUUUAUCAGAGGAGCUGUUGAGCCCGGACGUCCGAAUCUGCUACUGAUUGGUUGUCAUGGUGAUCCCUAUCCUCAUCCACUGGAUCUGUCCCUCAGAUUUACCUUCAUGCAGGCAGCGGCGCUUUCAGUCGGGGGGACGCUGGCAGGUGGAGAGUCCGAGGACCCCCGUCUGAACGAGGAAAGUUGGGAUUUUUGGGACCAUGGCUCCUUCCAGGAUCUGCAGAGAGUCUGUGCUGGUUCUCCUGCUGCAGGCGGUGCUGAUCUGCUCGGCUCAGAGAGGCCCCACAGGACCCAGAGGCCCCCCAGGACCCCCAGGUGUGGCUGGCGUACCCGGAGUGGAUGGAAUCGACGGUGAAAGAGGAGUGGACUCCACAGUGACUGGUCCACCAGGUCUGGAUGGAGACGAUGGGAGAGACGGAGCUCCAGGGAAAGCCGGCCUUCCAGGCGCAGAUGGACCCGUAGGACCUCCUGGAGAUCCAGGUCCAGUUGGAAAAAAAGGCUCAAAAGGAGAACCUGGAGCUCGAGGACCUCCUGGAGAGCCUGGUGUUGGACCCGACGGGCUUGACGGCAUUCCCGGUACCGAUGGGCUCCCAGGAGAAAUGGGACGGGCCGGCCCUCCAGGAGCCAGGGGUCAGAGGGGUCAAGUUGGUCCUAGUGGUCUGGUCGGUCCUCGGGGACCUCCAGCGGUCUACAACGGAGAAUCCCCGUGCCCCAGCGCCUGCCCCUCCGGCCUGACGGGAUAUUCCGGACUCCCCGGCAUGAAGGGUCACAAAGGGGCGAAGGGCGAAUCCGGAGAGCCCGGGCGACAAGGACACAAGGGCGUGGAAGGAGAACAAGGACCACCCGGAGAGACUGGAGCUCAAGGAUUACCAGGUCCAGGAGGACCCAGAGGCCUUCCAGGAAUAAUGGGCUCCAAAGGUGACAGGGGACCGCGAGGAAAACCUGGCGACGCCGGCCCUCGGGGCGUCCAGGGAGAGCCGGGGGAUCGGGGUCAAAGAGGCGCCGUGGGCGAGGCCGGACCGUCAGGAGCAUCCGGGGAACCAGGACCUGCAGGAAUCAGAGGAGUUCCGGGCCCCAAAGGAGAACCUGGUCUGACGGGUCCUGAUGGUCGUGAGGGAAUACCGGGCCUGCCCGGGUCCAAAGGCGUCACGGGGAAAAGCGGGGCUCCAGGUGACUCCGGCCCACAGGGUCUUCCCGGGGUGCCCGGCGCGUACGGCCAGAAGGGACACGGCGGUGUGAAGGGAAACUCUGGAGAUCCAGGAGUCGUGGGUUUGAUGGGACCUCCAGGGAAACAAGGGGAACGUGGCGAUCAGGGAGAGGUGGGACCGUCUGGACCCAGAGGAGGACCCGGCGAGCGUGGAGAGAGAGGAGCUGAGGGACCUCCAGGACCCCCAGGAGCCCGGGGAACCAAAGGAGAUCCGGGUCUUCCGGGACUUCCUGGACCGGCUGGUUAUCGAGGCGAGAAGGGAGAUCGGGGGGGAGUUGGUCUGAACGGUCCAAAGGGAGAGCAGGGGCCUCCAGGAGCUGAGGGGACGCCAGGAGACCGAGGAGACGUGGGGGAUCAAGGAGAGCCGGGUGAGAAAGGAUCGACGGGCCCCCCAGGAGAGACGGGGAACAAAGGGGCCGAAGGCGGCCGAGGAGUGCCGGGCAAAGAGGGCAAGACGGGUCCCCCGGGCCCGCGGGGCAUGCAGGGCAACAUGGGGGUCCCAGGCCUGCCGGGGGUGCAGGGAAAAGCGGGAAAGCCGCCCACAGACUCCCACAUCAAGCAGGUCUGCAUGAGGGUCAUGCAGGAACACUUAGCCCAGCUGGCUGCCAGUCUGACCAGACCUGAGUCCGGCAUCGCUGGAAUCCCGGGUCCUCCUGGUCCUCCUGGACCUCCAGGCCCCACCGGAGCAAACGGCUUCCCUGGUCACGUCGGAUCGAGAGGCCUGCCGGGUCUGAAGGGCCCACCCGGGAUCCUGGGUCAGAAGGGACCCAAAGGUGACCAGGGGGACAAAGGGGACCGAGGACCCACGACGAGAGGACACAAAGGAGAACCAGGGGUACCGGGUCUACCAGGUGACCCCGGCCGGCCGGCUUAUGGCACCCACGGCCGUGACGGGGAGCGGGGGCCUCGCGGCGCCCCCGGCAUCAACGGCGUGCCCGGGCCUCCUGGCCCCCCGGGUCAGAACGGCUACUGCGAGUCGUCGCAGUGCAUCCUGGCCAUGGGGUUACAGGUCCCUAGCAAGGAGUCCGGCAUGAAGGGGCCCAAUGAGAUGUGAGGGGCGGAGCUCAAGGAGACGCCCAGAGGGGACCAGAACCCACAGACCGGGUCGGUAUGUCGGCGUGACACCAAACCCGAUCAGGCUUUUCCACCUGGAAACUGUAAAACUUAAAGUUUAUUUUGAAAGAAUUAAUCCCUGUUAUGAUGAAACCAACCGACUCCUUCCUCUCCAAACUCCGACGUUUCUGUGUUCAUGUAAAUGUGUCGAUAUGCAAAUGAGCUUUCACCUGUUGGAUAAAUCCUGGAGCGCCUCAUGUGUGACUGAUUAUUUAUUCUAUCGAGUUUUGACGUCUUCAAGUUGUACAAAGGAGGAAUAAAACCAUUUUGAUAAUCUC